UCCAUCGCCUCCCAGCCGUGGGGUCCCUGCUCGGCUCCAGGCGUGGGGCUCGGGCCCCCCCCAGCACAGCGCCGGGCUGCGGCAUCCCCGCCUCCACAAUGGCCAUGGCCGGAGCGGGAGGAAUCCCGUGCACUUAGAGGAGAAAGAAGGGGGAAGGAUGGGAAAGCUUAUUUCCGUGGCACAGGUGAUGCGGGCCGGAGAGGCUCGGCUACAUGCAAAUCCGGAGAGCGCGGUCUGCCUUUCGCUUUAAAAGGUUCGGAUCCCGCCGGUCAUCUGAUCCAGGUCAGCGGGACUUUCCUCAGCAGCAGCCCUGCAGCCCCUCAGCCGGGAGCCCCCCGGCUGUGCAUCCCUACAGGACUGGGAGGUAAAAUCUCUCCGGAUCGCUCUCGCGUUCUGCUCGCUUCCCACCGCGGGGGUGAAGGAAACCAUUGGGAUUUGCAGGGGUUUCAUCAGGCAGCACCGAUUCCUGAUGCCGCCACGGUGCCCCCUGCCCCCGCUCCCUGCCCACGGUCCCUGAGACCCCCGGGGCCUGGUGAGGACGGCGGUGCAGGGGCCCUCCCCUUCUGGCAGAGGCUGGCACUCAUCCCCCAUGGGCUGCCCUGCAGCAUGAGCACCAACGCUGAGCACUUCCCACCGUGGACCGCCUCUGCGGUGCCCCCCAAUGCCAGCGCAGCCUGGAUGGAAGGGCCGUCGGCGCGGGGCGGACGGGUGGGCGAGCUGGCGGGCAUGGUGGUGAUCCAGUGCAUCUAUGCCCUGGUGUGCCUGCUGGGGCUGCUGGGCAAUUCGCUGGUCAUCUUUGUCAUCCUGCGCUACACCAAGAUGAAAACGGCCACCAACAUCUACCUGCUCAACUUGGCCAUCGCCGACGAGCUCUUCAUGCUCAGCAUCCCCUUCGUGGCCACCUCGGCCGCCCUGCACCACUGGCCCUUCGGCCGGGCGCUGUGCCGCACCGUGCUGGGCGUCGAUGGCCUCAACAUGUUCACCAGCGUCUUCUGCCUGACGGUGCUCAGCCUGGACCGCUACAUUGCUGUGGUGCAUCCGCUGCGGGCGGCCACCUAUCGCCGUCCACGGGUGGCCAAGAUGGUCAACGGAGCCGUCUGGCUCCUCUCCUUGCUUGUGGCCUCACCCAUCCCCAUCUUCGCCGGCACUGCAGUCACACGUGAUGGCCAAGCGGUGGCUUGCAAUCUGCUAUGGCCUAGCCCAGCCUGGUCGGCAGCCUUUGUGGUGUACACCACGCUGCUGGGCUUCCUGCUGCCGGUGCUGGCCAUGGGGCUGUGCUACCUGCUGAUUGUGGGCAAGAUGCGGGCCGUGGCGCAGCGGGUGGGCUGGCAGCAGCGCCGGCGCUCCGAGGGCAAGCUGACACGCCUGGUGCUGAUGGUGGUGGCUAUGUUUGUCAUCUGCUGGAUGCCCUUCUAUGUGGUGCAGUUGGUCAACCUUCUUCUGCCCGGCCGCCUCGACGCCACCGUCAACAACGCCUGCCUCAUCCUCAGCUACUCCAACAGCUGUGCCAACCCCAUCCUCUACGGGUUCCUCUCGGAAAACUUCCGGCACUCGUUCCAUGGUGUGCUGCGGCGCUGCCUCGAUGCCAGCCUCUGCUGCUGCCCACCCGAGGCACGGGCUGUUGGCGAUGAGGAGGAGGAGGAAGAGGAAGAGCCCCUGGAUUACCGCGCCGUGCCCCGAAGUGACCCCAAGGGCAAGGGCUGCAUGUGCCCGCCGCUGCCCUGCCAGCAGGAGCCCGUGCGCCCCGAACCCUGCUGCAAGCCCGGCACCCUCCUGGCAAAGACCACCACCUUCUAAGGUGCCCUCUGCAGCCCUGCAAAGAGGGUGCUGGGUGAGGAGGGCCACACUGCCCUACCGUUGGGAACAGAAUGCUUCUCCGAUGACUUUGCCCCCAUUUCUGCUGGGGUGUCCCCCUGGCAUUCUCCACACCUCGACCGCGCUGUGCAGCCUGAUGAAAUAAAAAGCCAUAACGCUGGCCCGUGACACAGCUCCCAGCCUCGGCCGAGUGAUUAUUGCCACCAGGGAGCCCCCAGGCUAAUGGCUGGGUUCCACCUCAGGGAGGAUGCAGGACGGGAGGGCGGAUGGGACAGGGCUGAUGGAAGAGGCCAUGGGCACAGAGGGGACCCACGUGCUGCCCCUGGGGACAUGAGGUCACCGGCACGGCACAGCCCAGUCUCUGCUUCUGCAUGGGACCCCUGCCAGGGUUUCACCAGCAUUUCUCACCAUUUGAUCUGCGUCCAGGCAAAAAACAGGCCAGGAAAAAAGCCACCUGCCAAACGGAACUGCA